AUGAACCUCGAAUGGUCUGGUCUCCAAAAAGAAACGUUGGAUGAUGCGGCGCUUUUUUAUAUGUGUCGUUGGAACCCAGCACCGCUUACGUGUAUGGCGGCGUUCGGCGCCCUGCUCCUCUCCGGGAGCCUGGGAAUAUACCCGGACGGCCACUUCGACAGCGUGACCAAGGUGACAACCGGCAACUUCGAGGGCCUCGUCAAGGAGACGGUCGAUGCGGGCAAGACGCUCUUCGUGCGGUGGAUCGCCUCCGCCGGGUGAGGCUGAUGACGCAAGCAGGCGCCUGCGUGGAAUGCUAUCACGAAGGCGUUUGAGAACAACUCUGAUGUGGCAUUUGGCGAUGUCAACCUCUCCGAGGACCAAGUGCGCGGCGAGUACGCCGGCAGCCCUGGCGCG